AUGUACCGGCAGAAUCGCUGUUACAGCUGUAUGUCACCAAUGUAUGAAGAAUUCUUUAAAAAUGGAUUGGAUCGAUAUUUUACUCCUCCAAAGAACUUUUCUUACCAAUGCGAUGAACCGAUGAAUCCCGAGUCUAUGCAUUUGGUAUCAUGUCGUACCAUAUGUCUCACGGUACAACAGGACCUCUAUAUUAUGGGUAACUUUGUGAAUUAA